GAUCAGAUGAUAAUUUGAGAAUGUACUGGACAGUGUACAUGGAGAACGGGCCGAAGCGCGUGAAUCAUGCUGCUGUGGCAAUCGGUGAUCUCAUCUACUCGUUCGGCGGCUACUGUACCGGCAGAAACUACAAAACUAAGAAACCCAUGGAUGUGCAUGUUCUUGAUACAGUCACGAUGCAUUGGAAAUCCCUGCCUCUGCCAGAACCUGGUGACCCGCAACACGAUGUAGUACCUUAUAAGAGAUACGGGCACACGGCAGUCUUUUGGAAUGGCAAAGCGUAUAUCUGGGGUGGAAGGAACGAUGAAUUUGUCGACAAUAUUCUCUAUUGCUUUGAUCCCGGAACAUGUAAAUGGACGCAAAUCGAAAGUGGCGGGUUUAUACCGUCGCCAAGGGAUGGCCAUUCAGCCUGUGUCAUCAAAUCAAAAAUGUAUGUUUUUGGUGGCUACGACGAAGUUUUUGAUCAUUACUCGGACGAGCUUUAUGUGCUCAAUUUCCUCACUAUGACAUGGAGCCCUGUCAAAACGGAGGGAAAACCGCCAUCCUUCAGAGACUUCCAUACGGCGACUGUAGUGAACGAUAGGAUGUACAUAUUUGGAGGGAGGGGCGAUCAUCGCAUCACGGGCGCAGAGUCUUACAGCCAGAAUAUGCACUUUCUCGACACCAUAAGCAACUGCUGGCACAAGCCUCACACGACCGGCGAUAUACCAGUAGGAAGGCGAAGUCAUUCCGCGUUUCUGUAUGGUGAUCACAUUUUCAUAUUCGGAGGUUUUAACAGCGUGACAUGUGAGCACUUCAACGACAUGUAUAGGUUUUGCGUGUCGACGAAUGAGUGGCAGCGGGUGACAACCAAAGGCCUGACACCCAGCAGGCGACGGAGGCAGGCGUGCCUUGUCAUAGGUCACCGUGCCUACAUGUUCGGAGGAACCAGUCCUGUAGACAGCCUAAUCACUUCUGAAAGCCAACUAAUAGACCAUUCCGAUCUCUACGUUCUUGAAUUUGUUCCUAGCCUGAAAACACUGAGUAUACUCAUCGCAAUAGAAUCUUAUGGAACAAUAAGUUUGAUGAAGUUUCCUUUCCCGAAAGAGAUAAAAUCAGAAAUAUAUCUUCUAUCCGGACGCCAAAAAUUCCAUCGCGGAAUCGAAUGAUAAAAAUGCUUCAAUUCUGGAAUGGUUCAAAAGGUGCGAUUACUGAUUUACUUGUAACAUGAAAUGAAUAACGACUAUUAGUUUAUGUAACGGAUAGGAGAGAGUUCGUAUGCUGUUGAAAUGUGAACACAUUCUGAUGAUGAACCCAAGCUACUGAUAUGCGUUAUGAAAACCCUUUCAACAUGCAGAGCAAAAAUGUGCUUAUGAUAAAAAACAUCUCCCAAGUCUUUGAAAUUGUCACUUUCUUCAAUAAUCAUACCAUUAAUAUAAAUGAGAGUGUAUUUUCCAAUAUACAUACAUACAUACAUAUCAGUGUCCCGUUCCAGCUAGUGCCGGGUCUGGGUAUUAACCAUGCCUCUCCAUCUUCCUCGGUCUUCCCACCAUCGCUCGUCCUCAACCUGUCGCCAUCUGUAUCCGCUCUUCUCCACUUCGUUGAACACUGACCACAAAACCACCCAGUUUCAGCAACCCACAAAGAAGAAAGCAACAAAGCAGAAUUUCAAGGAUAGUUACUUAGCUAGUGGAGCAAAAAAUACCGAAACUGAGAGUUCUACUAUACAGGAGAGGAGACAAGAUGAAAUUGAGAAAGAGAGGGAAGGAAAAGCAGAAGUAGAAAAGAAAGGUGAGCAGUCAUAGCAACCGCAGAUGGAAAACGGAAUUAAAAUGUCGGCUGAAUGCAAAGGGAAUAGGAAAAAAAUUACAUCGAAUCUCAAAUAUACAUAGGAACUUUGAAUGCUAGAUCUGUUUGUGGGGAAUAUAGGAUGAUGGAGUUAAAAGAAGCACUAGAUGGGCAGGAGUGGCAUAUAUUAGGACAGGCUGAAAUACGGAGAGGUUAUGAGAUAAUAGAAAAGAGAAAAAUCAGUCACUCAGCGGCCACAAGAGGACAUAGAGGCGUAGGAUUUCUCAUCAAUAACCAGCUGAAAAGGAAUAUCACAGAAUUUCGUGGGGUAACCGAUAGAAUGGCUCUUCUGAGACUGACAAGAGGGAAUAUAAGGCUAAUCAUCCAGGUCCAGAAUACCAGAAUACUAAUCAUCCAGGUCCCUGCUCCUUUUUCGAAGGGCAGCUUUCUAAUAAAUGGGCGUGGAAAGCUCCAAUGGGAAAUCUUCAAGAGAUAACUUCC